UCCCCGCCCUCCCUGCUUCCACCGGGAGAGAACUAGGGCCCCUUCUCCUCUCGCUCUCCGCUCCGUCGGGGCUUCCUCUGGCACCAAAAUUCACUUGGGGGGCGGGGGGAGGGGGGCUUAGCACCGCCCUUUGCCGCCAGCAGCAUUGCCAGCGGGCGGCGAUGAUCUCCGCCCCGGUCUUGCUGCUGUGCCGCACUAGCUGCCGCCCGCUGCUCCACCGGCUUGGGCCGAAGCGAAUCUCCUGGGCUUACAGAACUGCAUUUCUGAGAACGGCCUCGGCCAUGGCCACAGGAGGGAAAGACAGCCAUUCCGGCACCCCUCGGUACACUAACAGUCUGAUUCAUGAGAAGUCGCCUUACCUCCUUCAACACGCCCAUAAUCCCGUGAACUGGUAUCCAUGGGGUCAGGAGGCAUUUGACAAGGCAAAGAGGGAGGAUAAGUUGAUAUUCCUAUCAGUUGGUUAUUCAACCUGCCAUUGGUGCCACGUCAUGGAACAAGAAUGCUUCCAGAAUGUCGAAAUCGGUCAGAUUCUGAAUGAGAACUUUGUGUGCAUCAAGGUCGAUCGGGAAGAGAGGCCAGAUGUUGAUAAAGUUUACAUGACCUUUGUGCAGGCAACCAGCAGUGGAGGGGGUUGGCCAAUGAGUGUAUGGUUGACACCUGAUCUCAAACCAUUUGUUGGGGGGACCUACUUUCCUCCUGAGGACAGCAUUUACCAGGUUGGCUUUCGGACAGUUUUGCUCCGCAUCCUAGAACAGUGGAAACGGAACAAAUCUAUCCUUUUGGAAAACAGCCAUAAAAUUAUGUCUGCCCUGUUAGCCAGGACUGAUGUGGGUGCACGAGGGGAGGAUGUGCCCCCAUCCUCACAAGAGGUGAUGACCAGAUGUUUCCAACAACUGCUAGAUUCCUAUGAUGAAGAAUAUGGUGGAUUCUCAGAGUCUCCCAAAUUUCCUACUCCAGUCAACUUGAAUUUCCUGUUUUCUUACUGGGCUCUUCAUCGGUCAACCUCUGAAGGGGCACGGGCACUGCAGAUGGCACUUCACACACUCAAGAUGAUGGCAUAUGGUGGGAUUCAUGAUCAUAUUGCCAAGGGGUUCCAUCGUUAUUCUACUGACCAGCGUUGGCAUGUCCCUCACUUUGAGAAGAUGCUGUAUGAUCAGGGACAGCUGGCAGUAGCCUACGCCAAAGCAUUUCAGAUUUCUGGCGAGGAAUUCUUUGCAGAUGUUGCCACAGGCAUUCUACUUUACGUCUCCCGGGAUCUGAGUGACAAGUCAGGGGGGUUCUACAGUGCAGAAGAUGCUGAUUCCUACCCCACAGUCCAAUCAAAAGAGAAGCAAGAAGGGGCCUUCUGUGUGUGGACAGCUGAGGAAAUCCGAAGGCUUCUACCAGAUCCAGUUGAAGGAAUCCCAGAGAGAAAGACCACCGCAGACGUCUUUAUGCAUCACUAUGGGGUUAAGGAGGAUGGCAAUGUGAAUCCAUUGAAGGACCCUCACAAUGAACUGAAAGGAAAAAAUGUUCUCAUAGUUCAGUAUUCCUUGGAACUUACAGCUGCUAGGUUUGGACUGGAAUUGGAACAGUUGAAGGCACUGCUUGCUCAGAGCCAGGAGAAACUCUAUAUGGCGCGCGGGCAGCGGCCACGGCCCCAUCUGGACAGCAAGAUGCUUGCAUCCUGGAACGGGCUGAUGAUUUCUGGCUUUGCUCAGAGUGGAGCCAUCUUGGGGAAGAAGGAGUAUGUUGACCGGGCUGCUUCUGCAGCUAACUUCUUGCAGAGCCACAUGUUUAAUACCAUCUCUGGAAAACUUCUCAGGAGCUGCUACCAGGGCAAAGACAAGUCAGUGGAGCAAAGUUCUGUCCCCAUCCACGGGUUUCUGGAGGACUAUGUCUUUGUUAUCCAAGCCCUCUUUGACCUUUACGAGGCCUCACUGGACCCCAGGUGGCUGGAGUGGGCCGUGCAGCUCCAGCACAAGCAAGACGAACUUUUCUGGGAUCCUGAGGGCUUCGCUUACUUCUCUACGGAGGCCGCAGACCCUUCCUUGUUCCUCCGCCUGAAGGAUGACCAAGAUGGUGCAGAGCCCAGCCCAAACUCUGUUGCUGUCACCAACUUGCUCCGGGCAGCCAGCUAUACAGGCCACAAGGAGUGGGUGAAAAAAGCUGGGCAGAUCUUGGCCGCCUACUCAGAGAGGCUCCUGAAGAUCCCUGUGGUCCUCCCAGAGAUGGCCCGAGCCACUGCAGCCUCUCAUCUGACUCUCAAACAGGUUGUUAUUUGUGGUGAUCCAUCCAGAGAAGACACUAGAGAGUUGCUGCAUUGUGUUUACACUACCUAUACUCCAAACAGGGUGCUGAUUCUUGCAGCUGGCGACAGCACAGGAUUUCUGUACCGUCACCUUCCCUUCCUCUCUCCUCUGGAGAAGAAAGAUGGAAAAGCCACUGCGUAUCUCUGUGAAAACUUCACUUGCUCAUUGCCCGUCACUUCCAGCCAGGAGCUGCGUCACAUGCUGUUGCCCUGAACUGAUAUCCCUACUCCCUCCCAGCCAUUGCCCUUGAGUUUCAGUGGACAUGAGAAGAGCCAAAAAUAUAACAGAACAGCACUAGCUACUUGGACCUCACAAUAAAGCCACUUGAUCUUGCUAGUUUUCCCCCCUACCUUGUUGCUGUUUAGCUGGCACAAUUACUAGUGUUUCUUGUUUCAGUGGCCCCUUCCCUCCUCUCUCUGGGAAGGUGUAUGCUUUGUAGUUCUCAAGCUUAUUUGCACUUGGGGACAGAUUAUUGCUUUAAGGGGAGUGGCCACUGGCAGCUAAAGUUUGGUGUAGUGGUUAAGUGCACGGACUCUAAUCUGGGAGAACCGGGU